AUGGACAACUGGAAAGGUGCAGAGAAAGUCCUCAGGUACUUCCAAGGCACCAAAGAGCACAUGCUUACAUAUAGGAGAUCCGAUCAUCUGGAGGUUGUCGGAUAUUCAGAUUCAGACUAUGCCGGAUGCGUCGAUAGUAGGAAAUCAACUUUGGCUAUUUGGUUGAUCUCAAACCUAAUCAAAACAUGGAUCAAGGUUAGUGUUUCUACUUCUUCUAUAAAGUAUGGUUCUGCAGGAGAUCUUUAUGGCAUUUUUAUUAAUAAGGUUCGUCGAGAGCGACCUCCAGAGUAUUUGGAAAAGAUUAAAGGUUUGACAAAAUGGGUUCCUAGUCCAGGGAAGAUGACAAUCAGUUAUGGUGAGAGACUCGACAAAUCUCGGAAGAGAAUGAAUAUGGCUUCUCUAGAUAUGCUUCAGUUUCACUGGUGGGAUUAUGGGAAUGACGGUUAUCUUGAUGCACUUAAACACCUCACUGACCUAAAAGAAGAAGGUAAAAUCAAGACUCUUGGUUUGGCAAAUUUUGAUACAGAGAGACUUGAGAAAAUCCUGGAUAAUGGAAUCCCUGUUGUUAGCAAUCAUGUGAAUACUAGCGCGAUACCGAACAUUUUGUACUUUUCAUACUUCCUCUUUUUUGGCGGUCUACUAUCAGAGAAGUAUGAUACCAAUUUAACUACUCCCUUGAAGACUCCUUCUUUCCAAUUGUACAAAACGAUAAGUGUGGUUGAUGCAUGGGGAGGGUUGAAUAUAUUCCAAGUUUUACUCCGAACGAUGAAGAACAUAGCCACAAAGCAUGGAGUCUCUAUUCCGACAGUAGCUGUGAGAUAUGUAAUAGAUCAGCCAGGAGUUGCUGGAUCUAUGAUUGGGGUGAGACUCGGGUUAGCGGAAUAUAUACAAGACGCAAACGCUAUAUUCUCAUUAAAAUUGGAUGAUGAAGAUGUUAAUAGCAUACAAGAGGUUACCAAGAAAGGUAAAAAUCUUCUCCAAGUGAUUGGUGACUGCGGAGAUGAACACCGAGGCAAAUGA